AUGACCUCUCACCACGACAUCAUCGCCUGGCUCGUCCCUACAGCCCUCCACUCCUGGGCCGACAAAGCAACCCAGCUCCCCGAAAACGCCUCCCGCAUCAUCUCCUACACGCCCUCAUACGCCCAUCUCUGCUCCCGUCUCUCGAACCUCACGCACAACAUUCCGGGGAGAGCCAUCCAGCUCAGCUUCUCACAGCCCCCCAAACGCCCCGGCAGCUUCAUCAUCGGCACCGAUCCCCGAACCUGCGACAUCGUCCUGCCCCGCGUCGAGGGCAUAUCGAAGCAGCACUGCGCCCUCACCUUUGACGCGCAUUCCAGACUCGUCCUCAGCGACUUUUCAGAAAGGGGAACCCAGGUGUGGUACGACUGGGAGAGCAACGGCGACAGGACGGACUACUCGUGGCUUCUCAGCAGCGCGUGUUCAAGCGAGUUCCCGAGCAUGGUGCAGCGCAUCACCGUUGAUAUCCAAGGGGUCAGGUUUCAGGUCGUCGUCAACGAUCAUUCUGCAGACUGGGACGCCUUUAGGGAGCGGGUCGAUAGGUUCUGCGAGCAACCGUGCUGGGAGGAUGAAUCUUCCUGGGUUGAUGCAUCAACAGUGCUGUCGUCGACUGUGACUCCCUUUCAACCCGUCGUUGUCAGGGACACAACGCGCGAGCCUUAUGGAGAGGUAUAUCUCUGGAAUCUGGCACGGCCAUGGGAGCCGAUGGUGAAGGCAUCAGCAUGA